AUGAGAAAUUGGGCUGCUACCGAAUUCUCAGAGGAAUUGCGUACCGAUAUCGGCCUAGUGGGCUCGUUUGAUAACGAAGUAAGAAACGUGUCUAUUAUGAGUUCUGACCUCUAUAAGAGGGCUGGACAGGAUUGCCUGUACAAACUCAAAACCGUGGGCCAGUGCGGGCCCAUCCCCAAAUUCACGUUGCCUUUCGUGUAUGUCAGGAAACCGCAUAAGGUUGUCUAG